UGAAAGUAAAAGUAAAAAUCUUGUGCGUUUUUAGACGUGUAUGAGGAAGCAGCGUUUUCAUAAUUCCUUUUCAGUAGCCUACCUUAAUAUUCUUUUCGAGUUUUAACGUACUCAUAAAAGUCUGGAAAUUUUGUAGACUUUCGUUGAUCUAAUGAUGAAAAUCAAGAUGAGAGUUUUCUGUUGGCUUCUAUCGAUGUUCUGCGCUAUCAGGACGGAAGCGCUUGGUCCUGCGAUGUCCCUAGUUGUCCAGUUGGGGGCGUCUGUGACGUUGCCGUGCUCUGUAGAUACCCCACUACCUCUGCACCUGCUGGAGGUGCAGUGGAGGAGGGAGGAGUCUGGAACCCUGGUGCAUAUGUUCCAGGAAGGAGAGAGUAGGCCAGAAUCACAGAGCCCAGCUUACAGCGGCAGGGCCGAUUUUUUCUCUGAAGAAAUCUCCAAAGGAAACUUCUCUCUGCUGCUUAGGAAUGUCACUACUGAAGACAAAGGGCUGUACAAGUGUGUAGUUCAAACUGAACACGAGUCCCAUGAAACAGAGGUGACAAUAGAUAUUGGUUUUUCCACGUGGCAUUUAUGUGUCCUGGGCUUAACCACUGCUGCUGCAGGUUUUGCUGUUAUAAGCUGCAUUCCUGCUCUUUUGCGCAUAAACAAAGAAAAAAAAGAGGAAAUAAAGGAAGUUAAAAGCAACACGGCCGUGUUGCUAUAUUGCCUUCAAGUCUCCGUUCCAUGCAUCCUGAUGUCCAUCGCAUUCGCCAUAUGGGGUUAUAUUGAAAGCUCUUUUGCAGAGGCUUAUACUUGCAGUGCGAUAAAUCUCUCAAGGAUCCUAGUGAUAUUUAAGGUGGCUCCAUAUGUACUUCCUGGUAUGCUUUUACUUUAUAAUACAGUAUUUUGUGAUAUGCACAUAUAGACAAUGUAUUGCCUCCAGUAUCACAUGUAUUUAUGUCCAUAUAUAGUAUGACACAGAAUUUAUUCUGAUCUUUCAAAUGAUGGCUUGUCAAAUUUUUAAAAACCACUUAUUCCACCUCUUCACAUGAGGUUUCACGUGAGGAGGCCCAGUAAUGCGGAGGUGGAAAGUCCAGGGGUCAGAAAGUAAAGGUCCUGCCAUGUAUUUCUUCCACCCAUGAACUCAGCCAGCUGCAGAAUCGUGCUAAUUAGGUAAUCCAGGUGAUCGGCACAAAGUAUUGGGGAGGAC